AUGGCCAAUUCAAGGGAUAACCAGUCCAGCAGUGAGCCAGUGAGUCUCCUCGGCGAACUGCAGCACAUAUUGAUGGCAUCACACUCGCCUAGCACGACAGGAGAGAGCUCCGCAGACUCUCCAGAGCUUUCGCAGGACGAUGACCAUCGGUCACAUGCAUCCGGUGAUGAUUCAUGUGACGAGAAUUAUGUAGUGAAGAUGGAUGAAGACGACCAGGAGGAGCAGCAACCACGGGCGAUAAAGACGGAAAGCGUUCUAGGCGAGCCGGACUCGUCCCGGCAUCCUACGUUGAACACCCCAGGAGAUCCGGUGGCAUAUACUUUGAUUAGAGACUUGGACGACCGAGUCCACAACAACGAGGAUCGACUAAGAAAGCAAGGUACUUUCAACGACGGUACCCACCAGUACAUGAACACAAUGUCGCAAAAGAUCCGCGCACUGGAGACAAAGGUCGAUCGCUUGCAGGAAAUGGUAAAUGAGCUAUGGAAGGCCCGGAGCACGCUAACUGUGGAGAGGAAGACGCUACGCAGUAAGCGCUCGACGCAGUAG